UCUUUUUCUCUAAUAUAUUUUGUUUCUAAAAGUAAUGGUCUUGAUGUUUUGUUGUUUGUAUUGUUAGUGUCAUAUCAAUCACUUGAAAAAAAUACUCAAGGCCAAGAUGAUAGUUUUGUGUCCUUAGCAAAAUGGAGGAUCUUGAGUUGACUGCAUGAUAGGAAUUAGACUUUAUACUGCCGAGUAAGUUUGGUGGCAGUUAUCAGCUUAUAAACAACAAGUGAUUUAAGAAUUAAUUAUAAUUUCUCUUUAGCUAGAGAGAAAUAAUUUGAAGCAAUGACGCAUUGCUGUUGCUUUUCUCUCCAUGUCCUUAUUGAUAACAUUGAAGAUUUUGCUCCAAUAAUAUAUACUCCUACAGUAGGAUUGGUUUGCCAAAACUAUUCAGGGUUGUUCAGACGCCCAGGGGGAAUGUACUUCAGUGCAAAAGAUAAAGGAGAGAUGAUGUCCAUGAUCUAUAACUGGCCUGGUCAUCUAGUAUUUUGGAAAUCUAAAAUGCAUUAAUGUACAGUUUUGUUCUCUUUAUUGCUUUUACCUACUUCUUGGUGAUACAUUAAGAGUGUCAGCCUCAGUUACAUUUGCCUAAGCUAGAUUCAGGACAGACAGCAGCUGUAUGAGCUGCAGCUUCAGUUGUAGUAUGCUGCAGCUCAUCAGAUCAGCCACAGCUUGAAGGUUGUUAGUUUAGUUGUUAGUUUGUUAGAACCAGAGUUAGAUAGUAGUUAUGGUUAGGUUAAGUAGUUAGGAGUUAUGGUUAAGAGAUUGUAUCAUUUCUAUAAAUCAUUGUAAAUCUAUCUGUAGAAGGUAAGGAAAAUUGAGAUCAAACUUUAUUUUUGGUAUCAGAGCUCUGAGCUCCUACGAGCAGAGAUCCUUGGAGAUCCUUCUAUGGCUACUCCAAACCCUAUACCUCCAUUAACCUCCAUGAAUACAUCUUCAAGUUCUUCUUUACCUGCAAAUCUUACACUAUUGAUUUCCAAUCUGAGUGCCUUAGUGCCUACAAAGCUUGAUUCAACAAAUUACAUUGUUUGGAAGAGUCAACCACACAGCAUCUUGAAAGCUACGAAGCUUCUUGGAUUUGUUGAUGGUACCACAGUAUGUCCCUCAUCGGUUCUUCUUGAUUCUAGCAAUCAAGAAGUUUUGAAUCCAGCUUAUACACAGUGGAUCACCAUUGAUUCUCAUCUGUUGAGUUGUAUCACUGCUACAUUGUCUCCACCUAUAUACACAUCUGUCAUUCAUUGUCAGACCAGGACUGAGGUCUGGUCUAUUCUUGCCAAGAGGUUUACAUCUCUUUCUAGGUCUCACAUUCAUCAAUUGAAGAAUAAGCUCAGUUGUACUGUUAAAAAAGGCUCAACAAUGGAGUAUUACUUGAGUCAAUUUAAAUCCAUUUUAGAUCAACUUGCUCUGACUUCAUCACCAGUAGAUGAUGAAGAUUUGGUUCUCUUAGUUCUUAAUGGUUUACCAGACGAAUAUAAUUAAUUAUAAUUUCUCUUUAGCUAGAGAGAAAUAAUUUGAAGCAAUGCUGUAUUGCUGUUGCUUUUCUCUCCAUGUCCUUACUGAUAACAUAGAAGAUUAAUACACACUCCUACAGUAGGAUUGGUUUGCCAAAACUGUUCAGGGUUGUUCAGACGCCCACAGGGAAUGUACUUCAGUGCAAAAGAUAAAGGAGAAAUGAUGUCCAUGAUCUAUAACUGUCCUGGUCAUCAGGUUGACAUGAUUGUCCUGACAGAUGGCAGUCGCAUUCUUGGUCUAGGUGAUCUUGGGGUCCAGGGAAUUGGAAUACCCAUUGGAAAACUUGUUAUGUAUGUCACUGCUGCUGGUAUCAGCCCACAGAGAAUUUGGGACUUUGGCAACCUUGGUUGGAAGGAGAGGAGUAUCUAUCAAUUGUUGAUGAAUUUAUGGAGGCAAUUCACACCUGUUGGCCCAAGGCUAUUGUUUUGAGGAUUUUCAAAUGAAGUGGUCUUUUGAAAGACUGC